AUGCCCAGUACCGGUGACCAUACGUCAAAGCCCGUCGGAGGGAUCAAGAUAAUCAAUGCUUCUCUAUUCCGUAUGGGCACCAAAUCCAUGGCUGAAGCGUACAAAAUCCUCGGAUACCGCACCCACCACGCAAUUGAUGAUCCUUCUACCGUACCAUGGCAUCUCAUAGAGGAAGCAGCCGAGGGGAAAUGGCCAAACGUCCCGGGGGCCCGACCCAGAAGACCCUACACAAGAUCCGACUGGGAUGCUAUAUGGGGAUCCUACGACGUGGUUACCGAUGUCGCCUCGCCCUUCACCAUGGAUCUAGCACAGGCCUAUCCAGAUGCCGUUCGUCAUCGUCCAGCGGGAUUUCGAAUUGUGGUGGUCCAGCUUCGAAUCGGAGGUGGAGCCCAACCUAUGGUGACGAUUUUCUCCGUCUUCGGGUUACGCUCCGGCAAUGCCCUGAGGAAAUGCUUUCUAGGUUUUUUCCACGCGAGAUCUCUGGAGGAGAUUAAGUCAAAUGCUCGAGGGGCCUAUGAUCGAUACUUUGAUGAUGUUCGACGGCUCAUUCCGGAGGAGAGAAGGCUGGAACACAAGCUUGAGGCGGGAUGGGCACCUCUGUGUGCGUUUCUUAGGAAAGAGGUUCCAGAUGUGCCGUUUCCAAGACUGAAUGACCGAGCGGCACAUACUGCGCACUCACGCGCCAACUUCAGGAACAGUCUUUCUCUCGUUCUUCGUAAUAUGUUCUACUGGGUGGUGGGUGUGAUCUUUGUCGGGUGUCUGGCUUGGUACCUUCAAGGUCGCCUCUUUUCACGAGAGUAA